AUGGAGAAUUUUUUGGAUGAUGGUAGUGUUCACACUUGUGAUCAAUGCGAGCAUAAAUUUCACACAGGUUGUCUAAGGAGGAGAGGGGAAGUUAAGGUGAAAAAUUAUGCUCAUGAUAAUUGGUUUUACAGUGAUAGAUGUGAACAUGUUUCUACUUGCAUCCAUAAGCUUACAGGAAUGCCUAUAUCACUAGGUGUAGAUGAUUUAACCUGGAGAUUAUUGAAGAAUGGAAAAGAUCUUGUUGAAUAUCCUAUCUUAAAUAAGAAAUCUGAGAUGAGGCACAAGAACUUUCAAGGAUUCUACACAGUUGUUCUGGAAGGGAAAGGAGAAAUUGUUUUUGUGGCAACUAUUAGAGCGUUUGAAGAGGUUGUUGAGAUACCAUUAGUUGCUACCAGAUUGAAAUAUUGCGGAUAA